AGAUCAAAUGUAAAGGGCAAAACAAAAUAUUAUUCGAUUGGAAGCCAUUCAUUCAAAUAGACAGAAAAUACUAACUGAUUAAAAUGAAAAGUUAGAGAAGUUAAAUAAGAAAAUAUCUAAUUCGAUUGAAGCAAGUUAAUAGAAGAAAGAUGAAAAGUUAUCUGCAUUACAAAAUAAAUUAAAAACUCUUAAUAAAAGAAGAUAACCUCGUCAGAUGUCAUUUUAAGAAGUAAUAGAUGAAACAGAAGUUUAAUCUCCUUCUAAUAAACAUGAAAUAAAAUAAAAACAAAUAAGUAAAUCCGUUUAGAAAUAAGAGAUUCAUGUAAAUAUAACUCCUAGGAUUAAAGUAGCUCAACCAAAUAAUAAACUUAAUCAAGUAAGAAUAUUGAUAUUUUAAAAGAGUUAAUUAUUUGAUUAAUUGAAUAAAAGCAUUGAUGCAGCAAAAUAAAGGAAAUCUUAGAGAUUAAAUUGUAUAAAAUAGAAAUUGCAUGAUCAAGAUGAGAUUGUAAAUAAUGUAAUUGAUUUAAGGUUCAUUAACAUUUGGAAAAAUCUCAAAAAAAUAAAGAAGAAGUAGAAUAAUAAAGAUUGAAUUAGAUUUAUGAAAAAUUGUUGUUUCUUACCAAAAGAUCUGAAGUGAAAUAAGCAAAAAUAAAGAGCAAAGAGAGAAAGAAAUCGAUUAAAAUUCAAUUAUCAAAUAGCGAAUCAUAAAAAAUAUAUAAGAUUUAAAAGUAUGAAGAGUAAAAAACAGAAUCUGCACGAACAGCAUAAUCUAUUAAUAAUGAUUAUAAAAUUAGGUAAGUUAGAAAGAGAUUAGAAAGUUUAAAUAAUAAGAGAGAAAUUUAGGCUUAAAACAUUUUAGAUAAACAUAGACAAUUUUCAAAUAGAAAUUAAUAAAAUAAGUAAUUAUUAGAUGAAUUAGCUAAUACGUGUUAAUAUUAUAAUUUUAAGAUCAAAGAAUAAUAUUUGUUAUGA